AAACCGACCCUCUGCGUUGGUUCUUCUUGCCAUUUCGCAUUUUUUUUCCCCAACUUAGCGUGUUUUUCGCAAGAUAACGUACAAAAAAGAAAAAAGACAGUGGUUGAACAACAAAAAGCGGUUCACGGCUAUUAUGAAAUCUUGUUAACGGAUCGCGAAAUUUUCAGCAUCGUUAGCCAGAAUGAACUUCAAGAAAAGAAUAGCAGCUGUCGUCUUCGUUACGGCAAUGUUCACCGCAACGGUGUACUGCCAGCAGCAGAAACAAUCGCCGUUGUCAUCGGGCGUACGACAACAACGACCGACAGCGGCACCAACGGUUCCGCCAGCCGCAGCCAUCAAGAAGGACGGGCCCAAUUUCGACCAGCAGCGCUUGACUGCUUUGUUCGGGUCGCAGGCUCAACCGGUAUACGGCAAGCGGGAUCCGACCACUGGCCAAGUCGUCCUCGAAGCGGCUCCGAACAACCCGGCACCAACCGGAAACCGACCAGCCAAUCGAUUCACUUCGCCAGCUGUCGAAGCGAAAGAGGAAGUUCAACCGGUAGAUGCAACCCAAGAUGCAAUCGAUCGUAAGGAUACCAGAGUGCCAGAAACGAACGAAAUCAAUCCAUUCGAAUUGCUCCCACCUCAGUUUCACGAUUUGCUGAACAUUCCUCUUCACGAUUAUGGCAAUGGAACGACUUACAAUCCUUACGACAAAUUCAAAUCGCCUUUGAAGAACAAGUACCCUCUCGUUUCCACUGGAUACGCCAAUACCAAGUACCAGGGUUCACCCAGUACGACGACAGUUAAACCAACCAAAUCGGCCGUUCAGCCGGUGAAGCCUAGCGUUGGUCAAGCGCAGAGUGGCUACGAUUACGACUACGAUGUAGAGGAUUACGCUCCAAUCAAAACUACCCGUAGGCCUUCGUCGAAGCCCAAAACAACAACAACGACGAUCAGGACGACAACUGAAGAUCAACGUUAUCAGGAUCAGUAUUCAAACAGACCAACUACUAAAAAGCAAAGAGUCCGUCCGUCGGUUGACGUUCCCAAAGAUCCUGAAUCGUUUGAUUAUCGACCAAAGUACCAAGCGGAAACAACACGCAAACCAUUGGUCCGGCCUCAGGUUUACGAUGAUAUUCCUUAUUCGAGUGUAGGCACAUCGACGCACAGACCGGAGAAAAGACCAGAGAACAGGCCGUACAGACCAGAGACUAACCAGGAAUAUGUGCCGGACAACAGACCGGACAGUAGACCAAGGCCUUCUGAGUUUUCUUACGAAGAGACAUCACAUCAACCGGCAAGUGAUGAUUGGCCUCCUCGUCAAGAAGAAUUUAAACCCUACAAACCAAAUAGGCCUCCAGUGUUUGAUGGGUUCAGUCCGUACAAACCAGAUAGUCGGCCGAAACCAGCCAAGGAGGAAAAGGCACCCACUCAACCACCAUCGAGACCAAAUUAUUCGGUAGUUGCAGGGUUGGACAACAACGAUCGCGAGCCUAUUUUUACACCCCAUCAGUCCUACCGGCCUCACUCAGACGACCAUAUAGCCGAAAUCAAAGUGACGCCGAAGCCGUUCUUUGCUGCGGAUGAAAAUCAGAACUUCGGGCAACAGCAACAGCCGCAAAUCACUGUCGGACAAGUGGACGAUGUGCCCGACAUCAUCUACGAUUACGACGAUGAACGGAGCAAAGGGGAAGGUGUCAUGUUUAUGUUUGACAACGGGCCUUCUGGCGUAGCUUCUGGCCCGGAUCUGUCCAGCACGUCGGGCGUGACACAGAAACCAGCAGCACCAGUCACGCAGAGUCCCGUGGCCAGCCCUUAUCCAACUGUGGCCAGUCGCGAUCCACGACCGCCGCAAGUUUUCAGUCCAGCCUUCCGGCCUUCUGCUCCCGUUCGUCCCUCAUCGGACAGUUCGUUCCUGCCUCCCCUUCCAUCCAAUCAGAGAUUGCCAGACAGUUGGAAUUCGUUCCCCCAGCAGAAACAACAGGCCGGCAACGAUUCACCGCGGCCGCCGUUCCGGUUCCCAACCGAUCAUCAACAGAACGCCAAAGAGAACCAGCCACCCAAUAUCCUGCCACUCUUCCGUCCUAAUACGAACCCGACAAACGAAUUCCAGUUCAUCAAGCAUCCGCAACAGGUUGAAUUCAAUAGGCCGCAAACACCUCUGUUACAACCUGGACCACAGCCGAACUUGCGACCGAAUGGGCAAGCAAGUCCAUCGCGAGAGCAACGACCAGGAACAAUCAAUCCUCUUCCUUCCGCUCUGCAAUCGCCAUUUUCUUCCAUCUCUCAAGCGGUAGCCAAUUUCUUCGGACGUCGUUCGGGCCAUUCGACAGGUAACCAACGAUCCGGAAAUUUGGAUGCCACAGAGAAAAUGGAUCGUUCCGGCAUUGCCGAACCGACUGACACGGAAGCUGACCUGGACACAGCAGAAAGCAACAGUGGCUCUUUCGUUCUUUUCAGCCGACCUGAUCAGCCCUUGGUACCUUCGCCCAUCUCCGUUGAUCGGUCUGGAUUGAGCCUCCAGCUUCCGCAACAACAAUUACCUCCAAAUUUGGGUGCAACUCCGGCUGCCACGCAUCCGCAAGUAGUCGGAAUUCGGGCAUCGCCAGAAGAUGGUGCUAGCAAACCACCGGCUUUCUACGUUUACACUACCCACGAACUCGAGCAAGGUAAACCACCUUACCUCGUCGUUGGUCCUGUUCUUUCAGGCCCUCCGAACGUGGCCGGUGCCCAGCUAGUUCACUCCGUGCCCGCCACUCCGAUAAACACUCCUGGAAGCCAACGUCGAAGCGAUGUUUUGAACGAUGCACCCAAUCGUCCUAAUUCUCUCUCGUUCCCAACGUCCAAUCAAGAAGAGACAUUGGCUCCUCGUCAACCUGAAAUCGCGCCUGUUCGCAAACCAUUUUUCCCAAUUUCAUCCGCAAGCAAUAACAAAGAAAGACCCAACCGUCUUCCGACUGGAUUAUCUCCACCUCGUCAAAACCCCCCUCCUCAUCGUAGACCACCUCCAGGAUUUUUAUUCCCAGAGAUUCCAUUGGAAACUGAUUCAGUUCCACCGCAAGGCAUCAGUCCAGUAUCGCAAGGCAUUCCACCUCCUCGAGUUCCGUUGAAUCCUCACAAGGACGUCGCUUCGCUGUUUAGUAACCCGACAUUGCUCCAUAGCCGACCAAGCGAAGAAGCUGUCUUCCCGGUCAACCAACAACCGAAGGUGCCAAGUGAGCAAGCUGUGGCUGUUAAGAAUCCUGAUGCAUCGGUUGGCGUUGCAUCUGUUUUGAGCGUCCCGCUGUACGAAACUACGGUGACGAGCACAGUGAAACCGCCCAAGCGGAAAACGACCAAGUUGCCAUCACGGACGACUACGUCGCCUGCUUACAUGGAGUCAUUCAAUAAUCAGCAGCCAGUCACGUAUGCAACUAUCCAACAAGAGGAUGGUAAGAAGAUUGCCGUUGUUAAUCCAGCGUACAUAGUGACGUACAAGAGUCAGCCGGGACCACCGGAAUUGCUCGACUUGGACGCCCCUUUCGUGCCUUCGGUGGAGAGUCCGUCGGAAGUGGGAGAAAUGUCCAGCAUUCCCUUCGAAAAAUGGCACGCUCUGCCGCAAGAAAUCGAACGUAAAGGCGAAGAAUCGCCGGAAGAGAUUAGCCAACGUGGUGUAGUAGACAGUAGCCAAAUCGGUCAUCAAUCCAGUGGAAGCGAUCAAUUAAAAUAUUAUGGGGGAUUUCUCCCACUCAUUCCCCACGCACAGGAAUGAUUCAAUUGAAGAAACUUAAAUUAUGAUCUGAUUAUUUGUUGCGCUAUUUGUUUUGUUUAUGACAGUUUGAUAAAAAAAAAACACAAGAAAAAAAACAGCGUUCUCUUUAUUCCUUUUUAAAGCCGAUAUUUUUUAUUUAUUGGGUAAUCUUAAGUUCGAUAUGGUUAUGUUGGGCGCAGUCGGUGGCAUUCUUACUUAUAAUUCUUCAACCUUUAUUUUUGAUUGGUCUGGCCGAAAUUUUCAUUACGUGGCCGCGGACAACCAUCACUUGCGAAUCUGCCUCUAUGUUUAUAUAUAUUCCCAACAGAACGUCAUGAUUGACAAUACACAGUGUCAGUUGACUUGUA